AUGGAUCCUGAAAAUCCAGCAAGUUUCAACCACAGAACUGAACUUCUGGCCACUGGUCGCACGUACCACUUUGUCGACCAGUUGCCGGAAGGUUAUGAUCCUAAACGGCACCCAACACUUCUCUGCGUCCACGGUUUCCCAGAUAUCUGGUAUGGAUGGAGGUACCAGAUCGGACCUUGGGUACGCCGAGGCUGCCGCGUCGUAGCUCCAGACAUGCUGGGCUAUGGAGGGAGCUCCAAGCCUGAGGAAGCUCAGAAAUACACUACCAAGAAGCUUUGUGAAGACCUUGUUGCUUUGUUGGAUUUGUUGGGAAUUCGAAAGGCUGUGGUCAUCGGCCAUGACUGGGGCUCCUAUACCGCUGGCCGAUUCGCCUUGUGGCACCCGGAACGCCUCCACGCACUUAUCAUGCUCAGCGUUCCGUACACGCCGCCCUCCCAAGAAUACCUGCCUCUCACGGAGGUAGUAAAGCGUGCUCCGAAUCUUGGAUACCAGCUUUACUUUUCAGAGAAACGGUCCUCUCAGGAAAUCCUGGCACAUCUGCCCAAGUUCAUUGGGCUCGUGUUCGGACCUCCAACAAAGAAAGAACUCGACUUUACACCCACCGGACGCCUCGAGAAGCUUCUUCCAGACCCCUCUAUCCCAGACGAUUUACCCACAUGUUUGACGGACAAGGAGAGGCAAUAUUACCUCCAGCAGCUCGGUCAAGAUAUGAACGGUCCUCUGAACUAUUACCGGACCUCCCAGCUGCGCCACGAAGAGGAACUCGGCCUAAAGGCUAAGCUCCCUGAGGAUCUCCCGUACCUCUUCCUAUGGGGUACCUCCGAUCCUACCGUGACCAGUUUCGUCAUUGCCAAAGCUCGCAAGUUCAUCCAAAGAUACCAAGAUAUCGCGAUCGAAGGAAAGGGACACUGGCUCAUGGUUGAAGCUAAGGAUGAUGUCACCGACCAAGUUAUGACUUGGCUGGAGGGCCUCAUGGGCUCGCACUCACCUCGUAAGCCGAGACUAUAG